AAUCCAAACAAGAGGUAAAAACCAUCAAGCCUGCACGCUUCAAUCCUCAUCAUCUGUGCGUCAAUGAUUGUGCUGGGAUAAGCACCCUGCCUUUGUCGUCAUUGAGUUAUGGAUCUGCUCCAUAGUUGGGGGGUGAGUGUGGUGUUCUAUUUGCAAAAAGAGUACAUUGCCUAUGAAAGUGGGUUUCAGCUGAUUUCUUAUGUGGCGGACCUCCACACCACCUUCUAUAUCUUCUUCCCUAUCUGGUUCCACCUGGAAAGGAACGUCGGCAUCAAGCUCAUCUGGGUGGGUGUGGUGGGCGACUGGCUUAACCUGGUGCUAAAAUGGGUCCUUGGAGAAAGGCCUUACUGGUGGGUUCAUGAAACUAAGUUUUAUGGCAAUGAGUCAGCGCCUGCUCUCAGGCAGCUUUCCAUCACGUGUGAGACUGGACCAGGAAGUCCUUCUGGUCAUGCAAUGGGUUCUGCUGCAGUAGGGUAUGUGAUGGUCAUAGCGGUGUUAUCCAUUGCUGCUCAGAGAAAAACCCCUGCUUUGCUUUACUGGCUUUUAAAGAUGGUACUAUGGAUGCUGCUGGGACUGGUGGAGCUGUUAGUCUGCAUGUCUCGUGUUUAUGUUGCCGCCCACUUUCCCCAUCAGGUUAUAUGUGGAGUUAUCUCAGGUAUCAUUGUUGCCGAGAUAUUCUCAAGACAGAAGUGGAUUUACAUCACCAGCUUGCAGAAGUACUUCAGCAUCACUCUUUUCCUGCUCGUUUUCGCCGUCGGCUUUUAUGUUCUCUUGAAGGUGGUGGGUGUGGAUUUGCUGUGGACUUUGGAAAAGGCUCAGAAAUGGUGUGUGAACCCAGCCUGGGUCAACAUGGACACGACGCCGUUCGCCAGCCUGCUGCGCAACAUGGGCACCUUGUUCGGUCUUGGACUGGGCCUGCACUCACCACUCCAUACUCAGCACAAAAAGAGCACUAGUAACCCCUUUAAAAUGGGCUCUAUUGCCAUAUCAUUAGUUCUUCUUCAGCUCCUGGACUUUUUGACCUUUCCUUCAGAUAACCAUACAAUAUUUUACAUUCUGUCAUUCACAAAGAGUGCUGUUGCUCUUUUGGUUCCUACCAUCCUUGUGCCUAGAGUUUUGUUCUUGUUUUUACAGGAAAAGAAAGUUGAAAAGACCUCAUAGACAAAUAUUUUCUGUGGUUAGCAAUGGCGAAUGAUAAAUGUCUAAAGGUUAGUAUAUUUUUAAGUUUGACAGUGAUUUAGCUGAGAAACCUCUCCAGCAUCAGGCUUUCCACUUCUAUGUAUGUUGAAUAUACUUCAAAGACCAAAUACUGAACAUGCAUUUUAUAGUAUUUACACUUCUCGUGACUAAGAACUCUUCAGCCAAGUCUAUUCUUGUACCUUCUGCCAUCUCAAACAACAAUCUCACUUGAUUUCUGUGAAGAAUUUAAUAUUUGUAUUAGAAAAAAGACAGGGCUGAAGGUCUAGUGUAUGUACUCAAAUGACUUUUUCCUAGAUUUUUAAGAUUCUGAUAAUGAGUUAACUUUUGUGAAAAUGUAACAGUUGUUUGUUUUGGCUAAGUUCAAUGGAAGCCUUGUGUUGUUGGAGAAUAUCGUUCCAUAUCUUCUGAAUGAGUCUGAAUGAGUCUGGCCCAUUCACGGCCCAUUCACGACAAACAUGUCCAAAGGUCCUUCUGUCAGCUCUUGUACUCUGAACUAACUCACUGAAGAUAGUGUUCCAUGCGUGUGGGGUUGUACAAUGCUGAGUUACUAAUUGCCACUGGUGCCAUGCAAGUCCAACAGUUACAAGUGCAUUCCCUGAUGUAGAUCUGAGAGAUUAUAGAACUGCUAUGGCACUCAUAGAGCUUAAAGUCCCUCUGCAUUUACAUGUAGAAGUAAACGUAAAUGCCAUCCCAAAGACCAUUUAUAAAAAUCUUUUUUUUUAUUAUUUUAUCAUUAUCAUUAAUAGGAGGAAAGUCCUCAAAGACAAUGUUUGGUGAUUUCCCUGCUCUCAUAUAUCAUAUAAACCUAGCAAUAAAUGUUAAUGACCUAAAUCAGCUGUGUUAUAAUCCUUACACAAGCAGUUAUUUAUGCUUAGAUAAAACUUUUUGUCUUUUAAUCCGUAUUCCAGAUUUUUUUGUUGGUGGAUAUUAAACCAAACCCUUUUGCUUAAUGAAAGACAUUAUAGCAUAUAUGUCAUCUA